CUUGUCUACAAAGUUGAAUUUGGUAUAUAAAUUGGGUGAUAAGGAAGGAACUACAACGAUUCUCCCAGGUGGGGUUUUGGGGGUUAAAAUAAGCUCUCUACUUUAUUGGGGUUUAUCUUUCGUUGCGGAUGGAUUCUAUAUUUGUGCUUUCUCGGUGCUUUUGAAGCCAGCAUUCUUCAUGGAACUUGUUCUUACCAAAUGGGUAUGCACAUUUCUACUUUGCUCUUGGCUCAUCUUCUCCGGAGUAUACUCAGUGGAGGGAUUGCAUGGGGACUCCAAAGUGAGAGGAGUGAACUUGGGAGGAUGGUUGGUUGUGGAAGGUUGGAUUAAGCCUUCACUUUUUGAUGGCAUUCCCAAUGGAGACAUGCUGGAUGGAACACAGGUACAACUGAAGUCAGUGACUUUGGAGAAGUAUGUCUCUGCAGAGAAUGGGGGAGGGAUGAACGUCUCGGUUAGUAGAGAUGUUGCAUCUUCAUGGGAAACCUUUACGUUAUGGAGAGUUUCUGAAUCAGAAUUUCAAUUCCGCACCUUGCAGGGCCAGUUUCUAACAUGCGAUGGCGAAGGUUGCUCUUUUUCUGCAACUGCAGAAUCACCUUCAACAUUAGAAACCUUUUACAUUGAAAAAUAUAACAAUGACAGAGUUCACAUCAAAACAAUGAGUGGUACGUAUUUGCAGGCUACAGUGGAAAAUCAGCUCAUCGCAGACUAUCCAGGGAAGCCAGGAUGGGAUGAUAAUGCAGCCACAUUUGAAAUGACCAUUGUUUCUAAUAAUUUGCAUGGAGAUUACCAGCUGGCAAAUGGAUAUGCACACAAUAAGGCCAAAGAGGUUCUUAAGAGACAUAGAAACAGUUUCAUCACUAUAGGAGAUUUCAAUUUUCUGUAUAAACAUGGAAUAAACACUGUGAGGAUUCCUGUUGGCUGGUGGAUUGCUUAUGAUCCUGAUCCUCCCGCACCAUUUAUUGGUGGAACUUUGGAAGCUCUAGAUAAUGCAUUCUCAUGGGCACAAGCCUAUAAUAUUAAGUGCAUAAUUGACCUUCAUGCGGCUCCUGGCUCCCAGAACGGGAUGGAACAUAGUGCUAGUAGAGAUGGUUCAUCAGACUGGCCUAAUCCAGAUUACAUUUCACAAACACUGCACGUUAUAGAUUUUCUAGCUUCCAGGUAUGCAAGACAUCCUGCUCUGCUGGGAAUUGAGCUUCUAAAUGAACCAUCUGCAGCUACAGUUCCGUUGGAUAUUUUAGUUUCAUAUUACAAUCAAGGCUAUCAAACUGUUCGGAAACACUCAUCAACAGCUUAUGUAAUAGUUUGCCAAAGAAUUGGCAAUGCAGAUCCAUCGGAAGUUUAUCAUGCUAACAUAGGCUCACGUAAUCUAGUGGUGGAUUUGCAUUAUUACAAUCUUUUUGAUAAUUUCUUUGUUAAUAUGAGCGCUGUGGAUAAUAUACAAUUCAUAUACAAGAGCAGGGAAACUCAAUUGGAGGCCCUGAACAGUGCAAAUGGUCCACUUGUUUUUAUUGGAGAGUGGGUGAAUGAGUGGAACGUGACAAGCGGCUCUCAGAAAGAUUAUCAAGAAUUUGGGAGGGUCCAGUUAGAGGUUUAUAAUGCUGCUUCCUUUGGAUGGGCUUACUGGACAUUGAAAAAUGACAGACCACACUGGGAUUUUGAAUGGAACAUUAGGAACAACUAUCUCCAAUUGGGUAAUUCACCCAAGAAACAGAAUGUUAACGGUUUAGUGUUGCUGGGCUUGAUGUAUGUGUUGUUCUGUCUGCAUCAUACUUUGUGACAAAUCAUACCUGAAAUACAUCACGGCUCACCACUUGGAGAGAAAUAUCUAAAUGCAGAUUCUCUUCGUUUCUGCUCAACCAUCACAUUCAUAUUUUUUCAUAUUGUUUUGCAAAAUUGCAGAUCCAAUAAAAUUGUGGAAGGACAGAAAAUGUCAAUGAUUCUGUAACAAAUUUGAGGCUAUAUGUAUUACACUCUUUGUCAAUGAUAUAUGAGAGAAUUUUCUUCCUAAUCUC